UCUGCAUAGUCUCGAGGUGAAACCCCACUCCAAGGAUGGGACCUUCGAGAGGGAUAGGUCGGGCCGCAAAUCCUCCAAGAAUCACGAGCGCGGACGCGAUUCAUCCGAGGAUCAUUACCGCGAUCGGGAUAGCACCCCCACCACCACCACGGUGGCAUCAAGAACUCGGACGACAACCGCCACUACCGCCUCAGAGGUCUUUCACCCUCUGACAACUUCACCGACCCUGGCCCUGACCACCGCGAGCGCUUCUCCAGCCGGCCGCGGGACUCGGUUGAUCGCAAGCGUUUAGAGGAGCGGCACAGAUACUCCUCGAAUAAGCGGAAGAAGCACGGGGACGAGGAGGGUCUGGAGAAGAGCGGGAAGAGUGCUAGGGUUUCCGAUGUGGCGCGAUACGCCGCAAACGAGAGGCGGCGUUUCAAGUUAAUGGCCCGUCGAGGAUUAAAAUCGAGAUCAUAACGAGGAUAGAUUAUAUGAGAGGUACUCGAGGAGUAGGAGGGAAGACAGAUCGAGUGAUAGGGAAGAGAGGAGAGAGGAAAAGAGGGUGAAAGGUGAUAUUAUAACUGAUGGAGAAGAUAAGAAGAAACCGAGGAUAGGGAAAAGAUUACAGAUGCUGUGAAUGUUGAGAGGAAAAGAGGGUGAAAGGUGAUAUUAUUAGUGAUGGAGAAGAUAAGAAGAAACGGAGGAAAGAAGGGAAAAGAUUACUGGUGCUGGAAGGUUGAGAGGAAAGAUUCCGAUGAUGAUGACAAAUUGCUUCAGAAGAAAGAGGCAAAGGAUGAGCCUAGAUCUAAAGAUAGGGUUACGGAAGGGGAUGUGGAGAGAUCCCGUGAUGACAGGAUGCUGGCUGUGAACUCGAAGAACAGAACAAUUGAUCAAGCUGAAAAAGAUAACCUGGGUAAUUUAGCUUUGGAGAAAGAAAGUGACACUUUCAAUGUUGUUGCCCAGGAAUCAUUCACUUUGGUAUCAAAGGUUUCUACGAGAUCUGCUGCAUCUCACCGUUCUCUUCUUACCAAAGUAUCUUCAUUUACUACCGCAAAUGAAAAUGCAGGAGUUAGUAUUAGAUCUGAUGAGGUUCCUUCAAAUUCCAGUACCGAUGGCACAGAAACUUCAGUUCCUCCCAAAAGUGGCAUCUUGUCUCUUGAUGCUUUAGCAAAAGCUAAAAGAGCACUACAACUGCAGAAAGAAUUGUCUGAGAAGCAAUAGAAGAUUCCCUAUUGCUAAACAAACAUGUUAGCUCGAGCACUGCCCAGGUAGCAUCCAAUAAAGAUGGAAGUAAAGUUCCUCUAGCAGGUGUAGCCCAACCUGGCCAUUCUGGCUUGCGGAGUUCUGCCUUUGCAACCCAUGUUUAGACAGUUCCAGGACAACCAGGGGAUGCAACAUCGGAAAAUCUAUCUGCUGCAGGUGGUAUGGUUGUCCUUCCUGGGCUCACAAAUAUACGGUAAGAUUGAAGCUGUAAAGCGAGCACAAUAACUUGCUGCCGGGAUGGGGUUUUGUCAGGACCCAGAGUUUGCACCUCUUAUUAACAUGUAUCCUGGACAGUUGCCAGUUGACAUGGCUGUAACCUGUGAAGGCUCCUGUUCUGCACUUAGAUGCAUAGGCUCCUCUUAGUAACUUGUUUUUUUUUCCCCUUCUUAGUUUUGAUUUGUGAUGUAUGCUAGUACUGUAACAACAAAGUUUCACUUUCGGUUUCAGGUCAACAUUAACAAGCAGAAGAAAGAAGCAUUUCAAAUAAUUAAACCGGAUUUAGAUGCCAUUGCAGCAUCUACAUCUCAUUUUGAUUAGUGCAUGGGUUCAAAUAAGACAAAGCUGUUAAGACCCAAGGUAAAUGGUCAAAGCAGGCAGAGAUUAUAAACUUCAAGGUGUGGUUCAAUAUAUUGUUUUCUACUGUAUCUUUUGAUGGCACAGAUGCCUUUGUACUGUCAGCUUGCCUUUGUAUGGGUGCUUUGUUCUGCAGAGUCAUUUGGGGGAAGCACAAACAAAAUAGUUGAAGAUCAAGCAGACUCAGCUUGUGAAGGCAAAGGCGUCUUGCUGAG